AUGGGUGGAAAUGUAUCUUCUGAAACCCCGACCACUUCGACAAAAAGUAAACUUGUAUCAUUGCAUUCUACGCUGAAGUGUUCUUUUAAGGUUUGUCCAAAAAAUAUUUUUCGAAUAAAGUGUAUUUUUAUAGAGAAAAAGAUCUAAACGUGACCAUACGAAACCAUUUCGAGAACUUAUCCGAACUUGGCCAAUAAUUGAUGCUGAAAAAUUGUUGACAGAAUUUGAUGCUGAUUUGUUUAUUUUGAAGCUGCAAAAAGAAAGUGACAAAUCUCGAAAGAUUACCAAAAACUUUGGAAAUGAUUAUAAUAGUUAUAGAAAUGAACGAUCGGAUUUUGUGUUAAUAUUGAAAAAUGGUGCUGAAAUAAGUAAUCUUCAACGGGAAUUCGUAUUUUCUCGAUGCAAAAAACUUCGAUAUUCAAAACUUCCGAGUAAUUUCGAUCAAUUCUCAGUUGAAGACAUUGAACGAUUUAUGGAAUAUGUAUAUACAGAAAAAUGGAAUUAUGAUAAUGAAACACUUGAAAAACUUCGAAAAGAAUUUGGAUGUUCGAAAUCACUUUUAGAAGACAAUAUAGAAAAAGAAAAACACGAUUAUAUAAAAGGCGAUUUGAUUAUUAAAAUAGUAUCAGAAGAAGUUUCGAAACAUGAAUUUAUUAUAAAAUGUGAUUCAUUUAUUGCAUCAUCAAGAAGUUCAGUUUUACAUUCAUUGAAUUCGAAGAAAAAAUCUCAUAUUCAACGAAACAAUAUUUCCGAAAUCGUUUGCUCAAGUUUUCAUUCAUUUUCUAUACACUGAUAUAUUGGAUCUUUCGUUGGUUAGUUAUUGAAAAAUUACAUUUUGGGGAUUUAUAUCUGGAAAAUCAUAUAACACAGAUAACUUUGUAGAUUAUAUAUUUCAUGUUAAAUUUUCAAAAUGAUUUUAUUUUCUGUUUAUAUAUUCACAAUCUCGAGAUCAUAAUCAACACGGGGGUGACGUGUUUAAUCACAAUGAAAGAACACUUUUUUUUAGCAAAUGAAAUGAUCAAAACUAGGCCACAUUCUAAGUUAUUUUGUUCCCAAAUUGAUUUAUCCAAUUUCCACAAUUCCCACGAGAUAUUUGUUUUCAGAUUCCAUCAUCAGAAGUCACAAUAUCUUCAUUAUCUGAGGCUCGCGCAAUAAUUUCUGGAAAAUCCCCAGACAUUCAACUUCAUCGAGCACUUCAAAUGAUGCAAGUCGCCAAAUUUUUCAAAGUUGAUAGAUUAGUUCAAAGUUGUGAAGAUGUUGUUGUGAAACAUUUGAAAAUUGAUAAUUGUGUGGCUGUUUUACAAUGGGCUAGAGAUGGAGGAUCAAAAUAUAUUGAAUUACAUGCAUUGAGGUUUGUUUUUCUUUAAAAUAAAAGUAAAAUAUUUAUAAUAUUAAAUUUUUAAAGGCUCAUUGAAUCGGAAUUUCCAAAAAUCUGCAAUUCUGCAAACCUUUUCGAUCUAACAAUUGAAGAAUUAAUGGAUGUUACAAGUUCACAAUUUUUGCAAUCUACUGAACUUGAGAUUCUCGAUUCAAUAAUAAGAUGGGGAGAACAUGAUUUACUUCGAAAAUUAGAAGAAAGAGAACCAAAUAUAGUUGCUGAUACAUGUCAUUCAAUAAGUCGAAGAGGUUUAAGAAGAGCUGAAUUAUCUGGAGAUGAAUUGAAAGAUAUUUUGAAACCAUUAACAAUGAAUAUAAGAAUUGAUUAUGCAUUGCCACCAUUUCAUAAUACAUUAACUGAAGCAUAUAAUCGUGGAAUACUUGAAAGAAGUCCGCUUAAAGAAGAUCUUAUUAGUUGUAAUUCGACAUUAGAAUAUAAUCCAGAUGUUCAUUGGUUUAAACCAUCUAAAAAUCAAGCUGGUCCAAGAUAUUAUAAACCAUAUCAUUUGACACUUCAAAAAUAUAUUCAACAAAUAUCUGAUCAACAACAACUUUCAAAUAAUCCUGCAUCUUGCUCUGAUUCAAUCCAAUCUUCACCAAAACAACAAACUAUUGUUUUUGAGAAUUUAUUCCCAGAAAUUUUGGAUAAUCAUGAUUUUGAGUUGGCGAAAGAAAGAAUCAAUGAAGAAUGGAAUAAUAUUCAAGAACUUCCUCGAUUAUUCCACAAAUUAAUGGCUCUUGAAAUUAUAAAGAAACGUAUUUUGACCGAAUUGGAUAUUUCAGAAGAAUGUUUCAAAUGUGUUUUUGUAUUGGAAAAUGAUUUGGAAACAUUGAAAACCGAAGAAAAACAUGAAGAUGAAGAUCUAUCGAAUACUUCUUCUUCUCAUUCAAUUGCCCCAGAUUUAUUACAAGUUAGUUAG